GCUUUGACAGUGGUGUAACAACCUUCGUGAGAGCCGUGCCGUGCCGUGCUGUGCCGUGCCCCGCGUCGUGCUGCGAGUUGAUCGAGAAAAAAAGUAUACAGUCGGCUGCCGCGGUAUUUUCGAAAAAUCGAUCGUCGCACUCCGUCGAGUGCGGAGGUCGAAUUUACGGUCCUACCGUUCGUACGGAAGUUCAGCGUUCAGAACUUGGUGCUUUCCCGAACCUUGCUCCCUCCUUAUCAAACGUCAGUUAAAUUAUAGACUCGCUGGUGAGAUCGAGGAGACACCGUUCGAAGUCCCCCCUUCCCCCUCUGACGAGAAAUUCAUCGCGAAAGCGCGACAAGUCAUCGCGGGCGUAUUUUAAAACUUUUUCACGAGACAGAAGCGCGCAGCCGAGCGGUGGAUCGGUUCGAUCGAUGCUCCGCUGCGGCCAAGUGGGACCGAUGAUUUUAAACACGCGGACGUUUGAGUAAACAUUAGAGACGAGAUAGACUUGAACGGCAGACACAAGGGAACCAUUAUUGCGAUAGCCCACGGGCACGUUGUGUGUGGUCUGUGCACGUGAUAAAACGUUAUCUCUUGCGACACGAAAUUUUUUCGCGGCUGCGAGACGAGAUUAGUCAUUUUUGGGAAUUCUCGGUGCGGUUUCCUGUCUGGCCCAGGAUACCGGAAGAGUACAUUAACCAAGAGUACAUUUUAACAAAGAAGAGCGAUGCAUUUGGUGGCUCCUCGUGAAAGAGUCUAACUGUGUCUCAUUUAAUGACUCAAUUAUAACAAUGUCACGGCUCGUCUUGCUUCGUUUGAAGAUGCCUUUCACGUUGUAAAGUGGCUCUCGUCGAAAGAAGCUGUACACUUACGAUGGGCAAGCUUUUGAGUCUUUUGGCUCGAGAUGAGUCUACCUGUUGCACCCCUCAGAAGUACGAUGUCUUCUUGGAUUUCGAAAACGCACAACCGUCGGACCUCGAACGCGAGACAUUCGAGGCGGUGCAAAGAGUACUGAAAAAUUCGGAGUCCAUUUUAGAGGAGAUACAAUGUUACAAAGGAGCCGGGAAAGAAAUCAGAGAGGCGAUUUCGGCACCCACGGAGGAAUGUCAACGAAAAGCAUACCUGACCGUGGCACCUCUCGUCGCAAAACUCAAACGAUUCUAUGAGUUUUCCUUGGAACUUGAAAGGGUCGUGCCGAAAAUUUUGGGACAAUUGUGCUCGGGAAACCUUUCACCGACCCAACAUCUGGAGACGCAGCAGGCGCUAGUCAAGCAAUUGGCGGAGAUAUUGGAAUUUGUAUUGAAGUUUGACGAGCACAAGAUGAAAACGCCGGCGAUUCAGAAUGAUUUCAGCUACUAUCGUAGAACAUUGACGAGGGCAUCGCUGGCGCGCCAGGACAACGCCGAAAAGGACCUAGUUGUCGGGAACGAACUCGCCAACCGAAUGUCCUUGUUUUACGCCCACGCGACACCCAUGCUUCGAGUUCUGAGUCACGCGACCAUUACUUUCUUGAUGGACAAUGAAGAUAUAGCAAGGGAAAACAUUACAGAAACGCUUGGUACAAUGGCAAAAGUGUGUCUUCGAAUGUUGGAAAAUCCGAAUCUGCUGGCGCAAUUCCAACGAGAAGAGACUCAACUCUUUGUCUUAAGGGUUAUGGUGGGUCUGGUGAUCCUCUACGAUCAUGUACAUCCCCAAGGUGCCUUUGUAAAGGGUUCGAAUGUGGAUGUCAAAGGCUGUGUGAAGCUAUUAAAGGACCAGCCGCCUUGCAAGAGCGAGGGCCUUCUGAACGCCCUUCGCUACACCACGAAGCACUUGAACGAGGAGAACACGCCGAAGAACAUAAAGAAUCUGCUUGCCGCAUGAUUACCGAAGCAACGCGGUUGCUGUAUCAGAAGCUGAGACUGCUGGCCGCACUUCCUUCAGACACUUUUCGAGCGGUAUCGUUCCGAACGACCGUUUUUGUAACCGAACGUAGGUCCAAGAAUCUUUCGUUCGCGCUUAAAAGUGCGACCCGCGUCAGUCGAGCUUCCUUCUUACACGCGAAUGGUGGACCACGCGUAUCUUCGGAAAGCUCUAUGUCAAAAGCUGCCCGAAAACUGCCGAGCGACUUGAAGUCCUCGAACAACAAUCGUUAAGUAACACGGUAACGUAAUGAUCGACUUCGGCAGAACGAUCAAUUGCGCGUUCCUUUUCCUAUGAUCGUCUGCGAACACACGUGUGCGAUUAUUAUUAUCAUUACUGAUAUUAUUAUUAUACCGCAAAACGAUUAUUGCCAGCGAGGCAUUGUCGAAUCUGCAAAUCUUCCGUGAUUUAUUCAUCAUUUUGAUUAAACGUUUGUUGGCAUUAAUGUCUCCCGAUAGCGAACCUCGCGGAUCCUCAAUUCGCGGAAUUUCUCAACGACAAGGAAAGUUAGAUAGAAGCUACAAUAGAUUUUUAUGGCCACAGAUUGUUCCCCAUAGCCAAUGUUUCCUUUGGUGCAGUGUUUCAACCAAAGUCGUCACUUGACAUGAUUUCCGGCCGGAUGAAAAGUUAAUUAUACGGGAUGAAAAGUUAAUUAGAGCAUAUCAUAGUGUAUUUAAGGUAACAUGAAUUGUGGACAUUUGGAGAUGUUACGAAGAGAGCUUUAAUCACGUUAUGGAUAUUAUGGAGAUUUUUAGCUCUUGUUUUCUUUGUUGAAUGGCGGGCGAGAGGGUGGAUUGUGAGACUGUGAAUUGCAGAGUCGAAUACUGCCGGAUCACCGAGUAUGUAUAAUCUCGAUAAUCUCAUUUCAUCGGUAACCCAAUGUUUGGAAAGUAUCAAAUAUUAUUGCGGAUGAUUUGGGUUGAUUAUUAAAAUCUAAAAUCAUUUUACAAUCUUUUUGCGUGAUUCAAGAAUUAAAAAAACCAAAGAUGCUUUUAGUGUAUAGUAAAGCUAUAAGAAUGUCAAAGAUGUGAUUUAUUAUUAUUAUAUAUUAUGUGAUUGUAUCAUUAUAUUAUUAAUAUUCUCAUUACGAAUAAUGCUACAAAAAUUCUAAUAAUAGUAACGAGCGAAAUCACACGUGCCGCGAUAUAUCUCAGCGGUAUUACGUCAUUGUUUAUAUAUUAAUGCAGAAAGAUCCGCCAAACGCAGAUUAAUCCUCGAAAAUUUGUAAUAUUUUGUUCAUCCAAUCGAUGCAACAUUAAGUUGCAAAGUUUGCUGCAUCAAAAAUUUCGUCACGGUUUUUUAACACAUUCUUAAAUAAUUAAUUAUAAACUUCAAAUUACAUUUGUUAUAAAUUAUAGAAUAUUAUGUUUCACUUACUUGACCAGUUUUCGAUCAGUUUUGUAUAUAAUUUUUAAAAUUUUUAUCGGAUUUUUGAAGAUACCGGACUAAUAAAACAAUCCUCAGAUAUUGCAAAUUUUUACUGUCGUACUAACAAAAAAGAUUUAUGAUAAAGACAUUUAAGACGGUUUUUAUAUAUACAUAUGACGUAAAUAUCAGGAAAAAUCUUACAGGAGUUUUCGAACUGACUUUAGCACAAAACAUCUUCUUGCGCGUUUUAGAGAUUAAUACCUUGAAGACUGCUUGCCGACCAUAAUGUGGAACCUUGUGUGAAAGUACACGUAAUCGAAGAACACACGUUUACGUAAGAUUUUACCGUGAAACGUUUAUUAGUAGGGAAACCUCAGACACACUCAAAUACUGUAUAUACAGAUUGUUAUGACGUAUUAUCUACAUCUACAGGUAUUGCUGUUACAUUGGCACUCCAUCGACAAGUGCCCAGACUUAUUGCCUUGGUAAUUAUUAAGGGAAAAAACGAGACACAGUAUUUAGUUAUUUUUAAGUGCCGUUCAUUGUAUGCUUCAUUUUGUAACGUUAUUCAAUGUCAAUUAACACGAGAAAUAUUAUUAUCGCACGUAUUACACGCGCGCACGUGCGCAAACUGUACUUGAAUUAAAUUAAAAUCCCCUGAAAUGCAUA